CCGGCACGAUGUCUGUCCCUUAGUCGUCACGAGCCACACGCACGAUGCAUUACGCGUCGCACAUAUUGGUAUACUACAUCGCACUUUGGUGCGCAAUAAAUAAUGGAAGAGCAGCCAGAAGCGCAGUCAGUCCGGAUAUCCUAGCAAACUUCGCAAAAAAUGUAGCCUCAGUACUGUCGCCGGCUAUCUUGGGCGACGUGCAAUCCCGCAGUAAUCGAUCAUCCAAUCCCUCCAGCCUGACGGCCAACUUGAAUGACAACGACUUGAAUUCACAUUUGAUCCUGGACAACAUAGUCGACAGAACGUCAAACGCAGCCCGCUAUUACGAACCACGCCCGUAUCCUUACAACGGGCUGUACGAUAAUUCCCCCGAAGGACUCGAGGGAUCCGAGGCGAACAUACGAGUCGACGGAUCCUUACGAGACGGCUCCUACCUGCGCCAGGAACAGCCGAACUUCUACAGGUCUUACGAUUUUUCAGCAGGCAACGACAAUCUUGACGCGACUCCGAAGUCCAGAGACAACAUCGACUCGUCGAUCGGUAACAUCCAAGAGUCGCCCACCAGUCUGUAUCCCGCUUAUCACGGCGGUGUGGGCUUCCCCAAGGCAGCCUUCCCCCACGGACCCUACGGAGGUUUCCACGGAGGUUUCGGACCGUACGGACACUACGGAGGACACCAUCAUCAUCACCAUCAUCAUCCGUACGGUGAAUCCGGGGAAGAUGCGAGCACGGAGGAGAACGCGCGAGUGGAGAACAACAGGACCAACUACGGAGGUUACGGCUCGCCCUACGGAGGUUUCGGCUAUCAUUCCGGUCCCUAUUCCCCAUUUCCCUACGGAGGAUACGGAGGGUACGGUAAUCGCGACUUCUACGGACCCUAUCCGAGAAACGGAAAUAACACUUCUGGAAACCACGGACACCACGGACACCACGGACCGUACGGUCCGUAUGGGCCUUACGGUGAACCCGAUUUCUACGGAUCGCCCCAUUACGGUCAUGGUUACGGUUAUAAUGGCAAUAAUAAUGGCAAUAACAACAACAACAACAACAACAACAAUAAUAAUAAUAAUAAUGCAAGACAAACUGAAGAACCGGCUGGGAAUGAUGAUCAGAAUAACUCGACAAAAAACGGAUACUCGCCUCCCUAUGGGCCCCCUUGGGUCAAGCCAUUACUGGGGACUUUUCCCCUCCACGGUUUCCCUUUCAGUCCUCUGCCCUACGACCACUUCCAUGGGGUGUUCAAGGGCGGCCCUGUGGUCGGAGUUGGCCCCGUUGGCUAUCCAAUAUAUGCCGAUCCGUAUCUAGUUGGGCUCCCGUUUCAUCCUUACGGACCUCUCUUCCCGGGUAAGAAGUACCUACCGCCGAAGGGCAGACCCGCCGAUUCGGGUGACUCGGCCGAGACAACGCAGGCACCGGCCGAGCUCACGGGAGAUGAGAAUCCCCCGGAGCGGAUCACCGCGCUCGACGACGAGGAGGUAGCGCCGGCACCGAGCUCGAAUCGAUACAAGACGUCGGGACGAAAGGAGUUGAAGCGAGUCAAUUUGAUUAAUAUCGACAGUCGGAGAGCCUGA